AUGGACAAUCAGCUCAAUGAGGUGCCAUAUCAUUCAACAACGGUCAUCUACGGGACGAAGGUCGCACCAUUCUCAGCCGUACAGACCUUGUUACAAUUAGCAGAAGACGAAGGAUAUAGUUUCCCACUGGCUGUGCCAGCUAUCACUCACAGCAGAUAUGUCGAUGACAUAUUUGGUGGUGCAGAUACCGUGCAACAAUUACAGGAGGUUGCACCUCAACUAAGGGACCUCUGCAUGGCGGGCGACUUUCCGCUAGCAAAAUGGCAUGCAACUCAUCUCGACAUACUCAAGACUGUUAACGACAGCCAAGACCAAGGCUCACAAAUCACCUUCGACGAUUGCGCAACCAAGAUACUCGGACUCAAAUGGCUCCCUCAAGAAGAUACACUUGCAUUCUCAACCAGGAACUCACGUACUGAAGGCAGACUCACAAAACGCCUCGUCUUAUCUGAAGUGGCUCAGAUACUCGAUCCACUUGGUUUUGCAUCACCCGUCGUGAUCAAGGCCAAAAUUCUCUUGCAGGAGCUGUGGCUGCACAAGCUCCAAUGGGAUGACCCACGGACAUCCCAGCUCUCAACCCGGUGGCUCAUCCACAGAGAAGCACUCACAAGCUUGGCCAAGCUCUCCAUACCUAGAUGGUUCAACACCUGGAGCAACUCUUCUGUGGAACUGCAAGACUUCUCUGACGGUUCUCAAUUGACAAUGACUGCAGUCGUAUACAUCUCCGUUCACGACUCAACUGGAUCCACGUUUUCACUUGUGUGCUCCAAAACUAAGGUAGCACCUCUCAAGCGGCUCUCAAUCCCUCGACUUGAACUCACGGCUGCUCUACUGCUCUCUCGAUUCAUGCAAUACGUCAAAGCCACUUUAAACAUGGACGUAACGGCAACUCACUUGUGGACGGAAUCUCUUGUGACACUUUCAUGGAUCAGAUCUCAUGCAUCACGCUGGACGGAUUUUGUCAGAAACAGGGUGGCUCAAAUUGAAGAACUCACUCCAGCUGCUCACUGGAGAUACAUACCUGGAACUUCCAAUCCGGCUGAUGGCGCAUCACGAGGCCUCACGGCUGCUCAACUUCAAAGUCAAUAA